AAUGAUACCAAAGUUAAUAUUCUAAUCAAAUUAUUAUAACUGCCAAUCUGCCAACAUACUGCCAAUGUACUGUUCAUUGAAAUGUUUCUAUUAUUUCUUUUUUUUCCCUAUUGUUAAUAAAAAGAUAUGAGUUAUUUUAAUGUGUCCAUUUUGAUUUUUGUAAUUGUCAUUCAAUAUAAAUAGUAUAAUAAUAAAUUGAAUAUAAUAUUAGUAUAUAAUAUUGUUUAUAUAUACAUAUAUGAUGCACAGUAAUUUCCACAUAUACGACAUUAUACACAUAUAGCAAGCAUGUUAGCAUAAAUUUAUAAUGUUAGCCACAGAAUCACUAAAAUUUUUGUUACGAAAACAACAUUUGUUACGAAAUAUAUGUCUCAUAAAUUGACUCAAUAUAACUUUAGUAUUUUAUAACUGCAGCUAAUAAGUUAGUAUAGUGAAUUAUCAUUAAACUUUAUUCUGCAUCAUGUGUUUCACAUCGAUGUCGCGAUCUGUGGCCUUAGAACUUUAUCUGUAAUUUUUGUAUUUGCAGUUGAGAUAUAAAUGCAAUGUGAUAUUGAGAAAUUCCUCAUAAACUUUACAUCUCUACAUAGCUUCAUUUAAAGGUGACAAUUGUGGUUAACAAGAUGAAAACAUUCGAACUCUACGUUUGCGUUUUCGCACUUGUGCCGUUUAUCUUAGCUGGAACUGUAAAUGCACAGAAUAGAAUAUUGGGCGCCAAUAUAUGAAAUUAUAAUAGUUGCCUAACUGAAAAUAAUGCCUCGAAUGAUGAUAUGUAUGUAGUGGAUGAUAUAAUAAGAGAAGUAUAUAAACAGUCGCAGAAUCAAGAGAGGACAAGAAAAAAUGGUUGUGUUCUCCAUUGUUUAAUGCAAAAAGAGGGUGUAAUGGAUAGAUUAGAAUUUAAUAUAAACGAAAUGCAUAAUGAAUUUACCAGAAGGACAAAUGCUCAUCCAGGUGGAACAGCUCAUGCAGCUUUGGAUGAAUGCAUAAAUGAAGCAAAGGAUAUUACAAGACAAUGUGAAAAAAGUUUCGCUUUUGUGACAUGUUUUCUAAUUGCUAAGGAUAGAUUAGAUAGAGAAGAAGGUCCAAGAAAUCGUCAAAAUAAAUAUGAAAAUAAACAUGAUGUUCAUAAUGUACCCGAAUAAUAGUAAAUAUAAUCAAAAUUUCUUAUUAAUUCAUUAAAGGUAAU